AUGGAACACGAGGUGGGUACGCUCCAAGACUGGAAGGACUUUGAUCAGAAGAACAUUGUCUCUGCUAUUACAAGGACAACACUCCGGUCGGCCCUUGCCGCGGUGGAGGAGGCAACCGAAACGGCACGAAAGAAAGAGGAAGAAAGGAAACGGCGGGAAGAAGAAAGGGCAAAACGGAUAGAUGAAAUUGCUAGCCAACCGUUGCCGGAUGGCUUCUACGACUCUGUGUUAAACGCGAAAUGCAGUCACGUCUUGGAGUUCUCCGAGGGCGAGGGGGAUGCGAUGGUGGUGCGAAUGGAGGUGCGUGAGGGCCAACCACCGGCACAGUUGUGGGAGUACACGCAGUAUGGCUUAACUCUUUUGCCGGUGGAAGAUGCAGAGCAAUUUAUUCCACCGCGCCCCAGGCUGAUGCUGCUCUCGUCCAAGCAUGAAUGGCCUUACUCACUGAGGCAGGGAGAGGACAUUGCUGAUUGCUACGUCAACCGUGAGGUGGAUCGUGUGUGGAGGAUCGUCCAGGGCGAUCUAGAGGGAGAGUUUGGCACCGAUGAUCUGGAGUUGUUUAAAGUGAGGCGGCGUCUCGUGAUCGGAACACCCGGCAUCGGGAAAUCUAUGAACGCCGGCUCCUAUCUUCUUCACAGGUUGCUGCAGUACGACAUCGCGAAACUCCAAGUGGUGGUGUACUGCUUUGGGGGAGACUUGGCAUUCGUGUUUGACAAAGAAAAGAAAACGGUGACAGCAUGCAGCGGUGCAGGCAAUGUAAUCAACCAUAUGAAUGCUUUGCUGUGGCAGCGUAAACUGAAGGGGUAUGUUAUCUACGACGUGGAUGAAAAGGGUCAUGGACCGUCGGGGGAUUAUCCACCCAAGUCAUGGGGCAUCACUGUGCUGUCCUCACCGAACGACGAUAACUUCAAAGGAUGGGAGAAGCAAAAGAAGGCCAAAAGGAUCGUUAUGAAUUGCCCGGACGAGCUUGAUGUGAAGGCGAUGUGCGCCUGGAGGACGCGUGAUAAGUCUGCAGCGGAGCAAGCUCAAAACUGGGAGAUGGUCAAAAAACACAUGGAUCAAAUUGGACCGAUUCCACGAUGCAUUUUUAGUGGCGAUGAAAUCAUAAACCGCUUGUCCCUGGUUGAUAUUGCCGUGGGUUCGAUCAACGCUUCGAAUGCUCAUAAUUACGUUCCAAUUGGACAAGGGGAAAUGGUGCCUGCGAAUGACGCGUCUAGCAAGCUGGUGAAAGCUGCCCGAAUGCGUAGACCUGGCAGGGCCGAAAGUUUUGCAAACCUACCGGUAUGUCUUGACCUCGGACACAAAAUACUCUCAAAGAUGACAGAGGUACGUAAGCAGAAUGAUAUUGUGUAUCAAUUAUUGUGUUGUAGGGAUCUCUUUUUGCCCGAAUUUCUGGAAAAGUAUGGUGUGCACGCAUUCACGGACAGGGGCUUUGUGAAUAAUAUAAAAGGGAGAAUUAAGGAGCUGAAGCCACCAACAAGGCGCCCGGGACGGCCAUGUGUGCUGCAAUCGCACCCUGAAAAACACCCAGAAGUGUCAGUUGUAUUGGAAUUACUGAGCUGCAAUCCCGCAAGGAUUGAUGUGAACUAUGGGGUGUUGUACGUGCCGGACUCGCGAAUCUUUCCGCUGAUAGACGGCUUUUUCUUCGUGGACACACCGCGGAAGACGAUGAUUGGGCUGCAGGCGACUGUGGGGGGUGCGCAUCACACCCAACCCAGCAAAGUGAGGCUGUUCAUGGAGAGUAUGGCAAAGUAUUUUAAUGACUGGGAAACUUUGGCCGCAGGCUUGUCGUGGGAGAUUAUUUACGUGCAGCAUCGAGAGCGUGAUCGAAUAAAGAAGUGGCAGAAAUGCGGGAAUUCCACGAAUGCGGGCAACAAGAAAGAUGCGGCACAGAUAAAAGAAGCAGAAGAAGCGGAAGAGGAAACCGAAGAAGACGAAGACGAAGACGAAGACGAAGCGGAGGUGAAAGCGGAAGAAAAAGACGAAGCGGAUGAGAAGAAAGCGAAAAGGAAGGAGGAGAAAGAGGACAAGGAGAUUGCAGACUGCUGGAAAGAAAAUGUAUAUCAGUACCAGGUGGCGAUAUCAGCAGAAGAUAUCGGGCAUACAAACAAUGCCCAAAGUCAGCAACAACCAGCGAGACAAGGAAAUGAACAAAAUUAG